AUGAUACUAAUGGUGAUGGUUUUCUUAAUGCUUCUGUUCUGGGAAAACGAGCUGAAUGAGGAUGAAGUGGGAUCAUCCAUAGAGCACUUGAACGUGGACUACCCUCAGAAUGCCAUUCCUGUGAGGUACUGUAACCACAUGAUCCUGCGAAGAAUCAUCCGGGAACCUGACCACACAUGCAAAAAGGAGCAUGUCUUUAUCCAUGAGAGGCCUCAAAAACUCAAUAAUAUUUGCACUGCUUCUAACAAGGUGACUUGCCGAAACCACUCCACCAUUUUAUGCUACCAGAGCACAAUAACGUUCAAAAUGACAGUUUGUCAACUAACUGAUGGCACCAAAUAUCCUGCUUGCAGGUACCGAAUUGCACCCCCCACAGAGGGGUUUGUUCUCAUCACUUGUGAUGAGUUGGGGCCAGUUAAUUUCCAGGGAUAUGUUUUAUAAGUUGAGAUCAAUACCUGAGUCUGCAAUCCUCCGUGGUCCUUUCUCAGCAGCUCUUGAGCUGGUUGUCCC